AUGAAGUGGGAAAGCUCACACGAUGAGUGCUGCAAUGGACAUCUAAUCAAACCGCAUCCACAAGUGGUGGAGAGGCUGGUUGGUUUCAUUGUGAGACUGCUACAAAUGAUCUUUGAAGCGUCAAGACUGAUGGCUGUCAGUGGCAUCAAGAACCUCUAUGAGUCUGAACUGGCUGAUGCUCGAAGAGUUCUGGAUGAAACAGCCAAAGAGAGGGCGAGGUUACAGAUUGAAAUAGGAAAACUGAGGGCUGAACUUGAGGAGUUCAAUAAAAGCUACAAAAAGAAAGAUGCAGAUUUGUCUGUUGCUCAAGGUCGCAUAAAGGAUCUUGAAGUACUCUUCCAUAGAAGCGAAGCAGAACUCAAUACUGUCCUGAAUGAGAAACGCAACCUGGAGGCAGAGGUGGCUGAUCUUCGUGCCCAACUUGCAAAGGCUGAAGAUGGUCAUGCUGUGGCUAAGAAGCAGUUGGAGAAGGAAACACUUAUGCGUGUGGACCUGGAGAAUCGGUGCCAGAGCUUGCAGGAGGAUCUGGAUUUCAGGAAGAAUGUGUUUGAGGAGGAGAUAAGAGAGACAAGAAAACGGCAUGAGCAUCGUUUGGUCGAAGUGGACACCAGUCGCCAGCAGGAGUAUGAGAACAAAAUGGCUCAGGCCCUGGAGGAUCUGCGAAAUCAGCAUGAUGAGCAAGUCAAGCUGUACAAAAUGGAGCUAGAGCAGACCUAUCAGGCUAAGUUGGAGAAUGCCAUCCUGGCCUCUGACCAAAAUGACAAAGCUGCUGGUGCAGCUCGGGAGGAGUUGAAGGAGGCUCGCAUGAGAAUAGAAUCUCUCAGCUACCAACUUUCUGGCCUUCAGAAACAGGCUAGUGCAGCAGAAGAUCGCAUUCGUGAGUUGGAGGAAACGAUGGCUGGUGAACGGGAUAAAUUUAGGAAGAUGCUUGAUGCCAAGGAGAGGGAGAUGACAGAAAUGAGGGACCAAAUGCAGCUGCAGCUUACAGAAUACCAGGAGCUGCUUGAUGUGAAAUUAGCACUUGACAUGGAAAUCAGUGCUUAUCGAAAACUCCUGGAAGGAGAAGAGGAAAGGCUGAAGCUCUCUCCCAGCCCCUCGUCCCGUGUUACUGUCUCUCGAGCUACCUCCAGCAGCAGCAGUAGCAGCACUUCACUUGUCCGCUCUUCCCGAGGCAAGAGACGACGGAUUGAAGCAGAGGAGCUCUCAGGCAGUGGAACGAGUGGAAUUGGCACUGGAAGUAUCAGUGGUAGCAGUAGCAGCAGUAGCUUCCAAAUGUCCCAGCAAGCUUCAGCUACAGGAAGUAUCAGCAUUGAAGAGAUAGACCUGGAGGGCAAAUACGUUCAACUGAAGAACAACUCGGAGAAGGACCAGUCUUUGGGUAACUGGAGACUGAAAAGACAAAUUGGAGAUGGAGAAGAAAUUGCUUACAAAUUUACUCCGAAGUAUGUCCUCAGGGCUGGGCAGACUGUAACAAUCUGGGGUGCGGAUGCAGGUGUGUCUCACAGCCCCCCUUCUGUUCUCGUGUGGAAGAAUCAAGGCAGCUGGGGCACUGGGGGAAAUAUCCGCACAUACCUCGUGAACUCUGAUGGAGAGGAAGUUGCAGUGAGAACUGUUACUAAAUCAGUCGUCAUGCGGGAGAAUGAAGAGGAAGAGGAUGAAGCAGACUUUGGAGAGGAGGACCUUUUCAACCAACAGGGGGAUCCCAGAACAACUUCUCGAGGAUGCUCAGUGAUGUGAAGAAAGAAAGAAAAAAAACUAUUACUUGCUAUUUUUUUCCAUUUAUUUCCUUUUAUUUUUGCUAUUUUUUUUUUCCUCCAGAGCCACUGAAAACUAUUUUUAUACGUAUCAUCUGAUUUCUUUGAUGGUUACUCCUUGGUACAUUUUUAUAUAAAAAAAAAUCUAAAAAAAAAAACCUUUACUGAACAAAACUGCCAGAGUUUUUAAUAGAUUUCUUAAUUUCUCUCUCUUUGUUGAAACACUGUAUUGGAAUAAUUUUUUUUUCCCUAUACAGAGUUUAAAGUCUUAUGCACAAACCUGCAGCAGAAAUUUUUAGCUAAAAUGGGACGAGACUUCUUGAGUGUAAGGUAAACCUGUGCUUUGUGCCUGUAUAAGCAAGAUAACUUAAAAAACAAAGUUUAAGAAGGGAUGUUUACCUGCAGGGCCUUGGGAGAGAUUGGUGAUAGUGUUUCUCUAACCUUUAAGAAAUGAUAGGAUCCUGUGGGUGCCCAGCCUGGAAAAAUUAUGCCCCAAAUUCAUUAGAAGUGCUUCUCCACCAAAGGAAGUAAUAAAGGGUAGCUGCCUUUUAACCAGGUCUUGGCUCAGGACUGUGGAUUUCUGUCCUACUCCAGGAUUUGACAGCCUGAUGAUCAUCUGAAUCCUGUCAGUGCUGUGGCUCCAUGUCAUUAUUUUAGAAGAUGGAGAGCAAUGGCUUCUGCUGUUUGAAGAUGUGUGAAGGGAGUGUCAAAAACAGACUUCUAAUGAUUGUGUUCUCAAAGGAUUUUGACAUUGUAACAAAUGAAAUCUCGUUAAAUUGUGAAUGCAAGUUGUGAUGUAUAGUAUUUAUGAUGUUAAGCAUCAUGAUUUAAUGAUUUUGACAUAUUCAGCAUUGAACAGAAUGACUAAGAUUUGUGUAAAUGUUGAUUUCUUUUUGUUUUGUUUAAUCAGACCCAGAUGCAGCUUAUCCAUACUUGUCUUAUAUUCAGAGGGCCAUUGUCAGACACAUUAAACAGCAUCUGCAGAGUAGUACAGAAAUAGCUGAGUGACAUUUUUGAGAGUUAUGAGGAACUGCUGUUGAUGUGAUGGAAGCAUUACUUUGCAGUAUUCAGAUCCUCGCAGUAACAGCGAGUGAUGUGAACAAUCUUUUUUUAUAUAAAGAAUGCUUUCUAUCAGUAGCAGAUGGUUUUUAUUUCAGGGUGAUGACUUUGGUAUCUGACAGUGUCCCUUUGGCUUAAGGUUUCUUCUGCUGCACUUCUGUGGAGGUAGCAGUGACUCUCCUAAGGUCAGCAUUCAGAUAGCAGCGCAUCUUCAAGCACUGGAAGAAUACUUGACUGCUCCAAAGAAUGCCUUGGCUACUGUCAAGCCGAUGGUUUUUCCAUUAGUUCUUAAUUUGGACGCUGUUUGAUGACAGCACAGAACGCUGUUGUUACCUGCACUCUUGAGCUCUGACCAUGUCAUUCAAGUAGUUGAGACUCAUCAAACCAGCAGCGAGGUUUGGAUGUUUUCGGUGGCUUUUGGACAUUGUGUUCUCUGAACAAUAUUAUGACUGACAGAUGUAACCUAGGAGGUCAUUUUAGUGGCUUUGACUGAUGGCUAUGCAGUGCAAGCAGGGUGGGAACAGAAGUGAGAUUUCUAAGCUUAGUUUGUGUUUUUUGCCAUCUAAAAAUAAAUUCAAGGCGCUACUUUUUUCUGUUUGGGUGGGAUGAUUUAAUUACUGAAGUUAAUGAGCAUAAUUCAGAUUUUCAUAUUAGUUCAGCAGGCGGCGCGUUACAAAAGCAGUAGGAAGAUUUGGCUGUUUGGGCUGAAGGGGUCACUCCAUGGGUAUCAUUGGCCAUUUUUCAAGUGUAAUUUUCCCACUCUGCUUGAGUAGAAGGUGAAAUAUGUAGUAAGUCGUCUCUCUCUCUCUCUCUCUCUCUCUCUCUCUCUGUAAAGUGUAUCUAAUGAAAUUAUGUUUCUCAGACAUACUGUUAACCAAUUGCCUUUUCUAAAUUCACUGUUAUACAAAUGGAUGCAAUCAGUGUGAAAGUAUUUUCACAGUGCACCUUCCAACCACUGGGCAGCAUUUCCCCUUUCUGACCCACAGCUUCUGUACCACACUCACAGUGUUUGAGAGCUUUUUGCAGUUUUUCUCUGUAUUUAUUUUUGUUUCACAUUGGCCAGUUUUCAGAUUGCUUAUUCUCCCUGAGGAUUUUCCUGUAAAUAGGAUUGCUCUGUGAUCUUAAAUACUAAAGAAAUGAAUGUGCUUUUUUUUUCUUUUGAUUUUUUUUCUUUUUUAUUUUUUCUGUGAAGAAUGGGCAGAAAGGCAGCUUGAAUGAGGGGGAACCUCUUGCUACCUGAGCCACUGAUUUCUUAACAGCUGCUGUAUGGGAGACGUGUCGCCUUGUAGUCUUACAGGGGAGGUGUUUUAUCUUAUACCCCUCAGUGACAGCAUGCAGAAUUUCUCCUUGGAUUUGGAGCUGUUUCCUGUAAGUUUGGAAACACUUUAUUUUCUUUUUUCACAUAUAGAGGUGCUCACAGAAAGCACUGAUGUGGGAGAAGCUGAAUUCAGCAGGCUAAGUGUUGGUGAUUCCACAGCUUUCUAAAAGGCUACUUAGAGUUUGAGAAUAAUUCCUCACUGUAAACUACAAGACACAAACAAACUACUGUAUUCCACUUGUUUUCUUUGUGCGUGUCUGUCUGAUUCAGACAAAUUUCCUUACUCUUGCUUUUGAUGCUGAGCUUCAGCAUAACUUUAAGUUGGUGCUCCACACUGGGACGUUUUCUUUUGCUUUACUGAAGAACCAGAAAGCAUUGCUGCUGCUUUUUCUCUUCAUCAAAGAUUUUCUCUUUUCAUUUUCAGGAUAAUUGAAAUGUUCUGCUCACAUAAAAUCCAAUGCCACCUUGCCCUCCUUUCCUGUGUAGUCGUGCAGGUGAACCAGCUCUCAGGGAUUUGGAGGAUAGUCAACUUUUGUGCUCUGCUGUCUGAUACAGGUGUGGAGCUUGAAGGAGACAUGCAGUGAACUUGUCAGGAAAAAUGAUUUUAAGGCUUCUCUGAUGGGAGAAGUUAAUGAGUGCAGUUCAUGACAGAGUGUUUGAGAGUACCCAUACAGAAGAACAAGGUAACAGUUGUAUUGUGGGUGAGACAGUGCAAAUGAGUUCUGAAUAACUUGCACUGGGGGAUUCAGGGGGAAGGAAUAACAGCAUAACUACAGAAAAAAUAAUUAAGCUGAUCUUUUAACUGUGUAGAUGGGCAUAAUGGGGCUCUGUGGGGCCUCUGACCUUUAUGCCUUCCCCACACUUCUGUCUUUGUUGUUUCAGCUGUUGUGUUGCAGUGGCUUGUUCCAAGCAGUGGUGUGGCUGUGAUUCUUGUCGCUGCACACCUUUAGCUCACGGUCUGUGUGCGUGGGCUGCUUCAGGCCCUGACAGAACCAGCAGCUGAUCCUCAGCACCCUUCUGCUGUUAGAUAGGCGCUAGCUGGCACUUUGUUUGUAGCAGGAACCAAUAGUCUCAGGAAGAAAACAAACAUCUGCUUCCCAUGGACUGUAAUGGAAAAGCCAAACCAGUUGGUCUGCAGCUCUCGUUAGUCACCAAAACUGUACUGCAGUGCGAAGCAGAGCAAACUGUGAAAGGAGAUUCCCUUCAUGUGCACAUUUAUCCCCGAGCAACAGGACACCUCAUGUUCAGUUUAGGGAUUGUAGAGUUUUUUAUGCACCCUUUUUCUUUGUAAUCCUGUGUAAAGCCUUUCAGCUGCAGCCUGAGCAGGGAGUGGUUGGAAGAGGCUCCUAGAAAUCCUCUUUACACCCUAGAAUGUUUGAGAACCUUUUUCUUUUGUACUAAGAAGAUUGUGAUGCUGUAUGCCAACGCUCUGUGUUGGAAGCCUUGUAGCCACUUGUCUCCCUUCCUUAAGCCAUUCAUUCUCUUUUUUCUUUUUGAAAUCUUCUCUCUAAGCAAAGGAGUAUCCAUAUUCCAUACUGAAUUUCAUUGCCACUGAUGGGUCCAAACCCCAAGCCCUGUGCAAGCACGGGACAAAGCUUUGUUGUAAACCAGUGAGUGGAAGGUGAGAUAGUGAUUGCAUUUUGGAAUCAUUGUUUUAGCUGAACAGCAGGACAAAUGAGAGGUUAUCAUUUGUCCGACGUCUCAAAUGGCCUGGGAAACAGAAUUUUUAAUUGCGCUUCAAUGUGCUUAGCUUUAAACCACUUUAAAAUAAUUUAAGUGUUUUUUUAUACAAAAUCAUAUUUACAUGCAAUUAUCAUUUGUAAGCAUAAUGCCUUUCUUGAAAUGCUAAGGUCUAGAGAGUAAAUGGAACUCUUCAUGUCAAAAGACUCCGUUCAAAACCACACAAGCAACAAAUGGACAUGGAGUUCAGGAAGAAAGAGUUGUAUUGGACCCACGUUUUCCUGUUGGCUGUUAACAAAGUGAUGAUCCUUUGUCUGUAAGGUAAAUGUUGCUGUGUAUCUCAGCUGCCCAGUGUUCAUCACACUAAAAUCAUGAGCAAUAAGCUAUUUUAAGCAAGGUGAGGCCAAAACGCUUUACGUUUGGGCAGAACAGUAACUUCUCUGUUCAACUCUGUUCAUAAUGAUGAUGGUGAUGCCUUGUGAUUGAGUUGUGGAUUUUGUUUUCCAUCACCUUGUAGUUCUCUGGGCAGUGUCACUGCCUGCAUUCAGCUGCUGCCAACCCAUUUUCAGAAGGCUCACAUUUUAUUUAAAAGAAGGAAUUGUGAGAAAUGUACAAAUUGGAAAGCAGGCACAAAAGGAUGGAAGCGUUACGUGGAGCUCAUGAAAACUACAUAAUGAUCCUAGACUUUACCAUUUCAAAAUGUUGUGGUUAUAUUUUCAUUUUUUUUCCUCUUAGAAUAUGCAUGCCAAAUGUCUUGUCUUUUUCAAUGAUUUGUAAUAUACAUUUUAAGACUGGAAACUUUUUGUACAACACACUCAAAUAAAUGUUUUGCAUUUUA